AAAAAGGACUUGUCGUUUUCUUCUUUUGUUUGUUUACGCAGCGGCGCAGGACGGGCUGCUUCUUGGAGCGGUUUUACCCCGUGGCGCUGUGACUGGGCUCGUCUGGCGCACGGAGCCGCGGCUGGAGGGUCUUUGGCCGGACACAGCAGCGCACACUCUCGGUCCAUGCCCUUUCCCCCGGCGCUGAGGGCAUAGUCCGCGGUACGUGUUCAGUGUGGGGCGCAGAGCGUGAAGCCCGGAGCCAUGGUCCACUGCGCCGGCUGCGAGAGGCCUAUCCUGGACCGCUUCCUCCUGAACGUGCUGGACAGAGCCUGGCACGUGAAGUGCGUGCAGUGCUGCGAGUGCAAGUGCAACCUCACAGAGAAGUGCUUCUCUCGAGAGGGGAGACUCUACUGCAAAAAUGAUUUCUUUAGGCGCUUCGGAACCAAGUGCGGCGGGUGCGCGCAGGGCAUCUCUCCAAACGACCUGGUCCGCCGCGCCCGGAGCAAAGUGUUCCACCUGAACUGCUUCACGUGUAUGAUGUGCAAUAAGCAGCUGUCCACGGGUGAGGAGCUCUACAUUAUCGACGAGAACAAGUUCGUGUGCAAAGAAGACUACCUAAGCAACGCCUCGGUGAAGGACACCAACCUCCUCUCAGUGACCGCGUGCAGCGACCCCAGCCUCUCCCCGGACUCCCAGGACCCGCUACAGGACGACGUGGUGCUAAAGGACACGGAGAUAGCGGCGCUGUCCGACAAAGAGACGGUCAACAACGAGAACGACGACCAAAACCUGGGCGGGAAGAGGCGAGGCCCGCGGACCACCAUCAAAGCCAAGCAGCUGGAGACGCUCAAAGCCGCGUUCGCUGCUACGCCCAAACCCACCAGACACAUCAGGGAACAGCUGGCCCAAGAGACCGGGCUCAACAUGCGGGUCAUUCAGGUGUGGUUCCAGAACAGGAGGUCCAAGGAGCGGAGGAUGAAACAGCUGAGCGCGCUAGGGGCUCGGAGACACGCCUUCUUCAGGAGCCCCCGACGAAUGAGGACCCUGGUGGACCGUCUGGAGCCCGGAGAACUCAUCCCGAACGGGCCCUUCUCCUACUACGGAGACUACCAGAGCGAGUACUACGGCCCAGGAGGGAACUACGACUUCUUCCCCCAGGGGCCCCCCUCGUCCCAGGCUCAGACCCCCGUGGACCUGCCCUUCGUGCCCUCCUCCGGCCCCACCGGCACGCCCCUGGGAGGCAUGGACCACCCCCUCCCUGGACACCACCCCUCCAGCGAAGUCCAGCGUUUCUCCGAGAUCAUGUCCCACCAUCCGGGCGACUCCCCCAGCCCGGAGCCGGGCAUCCCGGGACCCCUCCACAGCAUCCCCUCGGAAGUGUUCGGCCCCAGCCCCCCCUUUACCUCACUGUCCCUGAACGGCAGCGGAUACAACAGCCACCUUUCCCACCCGCCUUCGGAAAUGAGCGAGGGCACCGUGUGGUAGCC